AUGGAGCCUUCACGCGGCCCUCCAAGGGUCAAGAAUAAGGCUCCCGCGCCUCAACAGAUAUCCGCCGAACAGCUCCUCCGCGAAGCAGUCGACAGACAGGAACCUGCUCUUGAGAAACCGACAACGCGCUUCGCAGAUCUUGAGGAACUCCAUGAAUACCAAGGACGCAAGCGUAAGGAAUUUGAAGACUAUGUGCGCCGCAAUAGACUUAAUAUGGGCAACUGGUUCCGGUAUGCUGCCUGGGAACUGGAGCAGAAAGAAUAUCGCCGCGCAAGAUCUGUUUUUGAGCGAGCCUUGGACUGCGAGCCCACGAAUGUGCAGCUGUGGGUACGGUAUAUCGAGAGCGAAAUGAAGGAGAGGAAUAUCAACCAUGCGCGAAACCUGCUUGAUCGUGCCGUAAGCAUUCUUCCCAGAGUCGACAAGCUGUGGUAUAAGUAUGUCUACAUGGAGGAAAUGUUGGGCAACAUUCCUGGCACGAGGGCCGUCUUCGAACGAUGGAUGAGCUGGGAGCCAGACGAGGCAGCGUGGAGCGCAUACAUCAAGCUAGAGAAGCGCUAUGGAGAAUUCGAUCGCGCGAGGAACAUCUUCGAGCGCUUCACCAUCGUGCAUCCGGAGCCUAGGAACUGGAUCAAAUGGGCCAAGUUCGAGGAGGAGAAUGGAACGAGUGACUUGGUACGAGAGGUGUUUGGUAUGGCUAUCGAAGCACUUGGCGAUGAGUUUAUGGAUGAGAAGUUGUUCAUUGCAUAUGCCAAGUUCGAGGCAAAGCUCAAGGAGUACGAGCGCUCGAGAGCAAUCUACAAGUAUGCUCUAGAUCGCAUGCCAAGAUCGAAGUCUGCCAUCCUGCACAAAAUCGUACACAACAUUGAGAAGCAAUUCGGCGAUCGCGAAGGGUCUAUAAAAACAUUGAAGAUUGUUCCUCACAAAAAGUUCACCUUCGCCAAGCUAUGGGUCUUGAAGGCACAGUUCCAUCUGAGAAGGCAGGAGCUCGACAAAGCCAGAAAGACUGUUGGCAGGGCAAUCGGUAUGUGCCCAAAGAACAAGCUUUUCCGCGCCUAUAUCGAGAUGGAACUCAAACUGUUCGAGUUUGUGCGAUGUCGCACACUGUACGAGAAAUGGAUAGAAUUUGACCCAUCGAACAGCCAAGCUUGGAUCAAGUUCGCAGAGUUGGAGCACGGUCUGGAAGACUUGGACCGUACGAGAGCCAUCUUCGAACUCGCCAUCCAGCAAGACGUGCUCGACAUGCCCGAGUUGGUAUGGAAAGCAUACAUUGACUUCGAGGAAGAAGAAGGCGCCUACGACAAGACUCGCGAUCUCUACGAACGACUACUCCAGAAGACCGAGCACGUCAAAGUCUGGAUAUCAUAUGCUCAUUUCGAGCUCAACGUGCCAGAUGCAGAAGAAGUCUCAGAGGAAGCGACCGUUUCUGAAGCCGCCAAGACGCGCGCUCGCAAGACAUUCGAACGAGCGCACAAGCUCUACAGGGACCAAGCACUCGUUGAAGAGCGUGUAUCCUUACUCAAUGCUUGGAAGAGCUUCGAAGAUACUCACGGCAGCGAACAAGACAUCGAAAAGGUCGCCAAGAUGUUGCCACGCAAGGUCAAGAAGAGGAGAAAGUUGGAUGAUGAUUCUUUCGAGGAGUAUAUGGAUUAUGUCUUCCCGGCUGAUGAUGAGAGCUCGGCUAAGGUCAAUAAGCUUAUGAUGAUGGCUCAGAAAUGGAAGAGGGAGCAAGAAGGCGCGGCAGCAGGUUAA